AUGAUUAAUGAAUGUGAAAUAAAAUUCGAAGUUGCAUGUCGAACUAAUUUUGGUGAUUGUAUAUUUAUAGCAGGAAACAUUAAAGAGUUAGGAAAUUGGGAUGCUAGCAAAGGAAUUUAAUUAAAAACUGAUGAUGAUAAUUAUCCGAAUUGGUACACAGAAAAUCAUUUAAGCCUUCCCAAAGGAACCAAGUUUUAAUUUAAAUUUGUAAAAAUACAAUCCAAUGGAUAUCAUGAUUGGGAAUAUUUUCCAAAUAAUUUAAAUCGAAAAUACCGUUCCAGAUAUUAAUUAGUGACUUUAAAAGCAGUAUGGAAUGAUUUUUCAGGAAAAGAAGUUCCAAAUAAAAAGUUUAAAUCGUCUGAUUUUUUUGCUAAUAAUGAUUUAUAAGUACAUAAAUUUAAAAUCUCUGGUCUUUUUUGUCCUUAUUAAUAAGCAGAUGAUUACACAAGUCAAUAAAGCGAAUCUUCAAUAGAAAAAAGGUAUACUAAUCCCUAAAAUAAUAUAUAAUAAAAACACUAAUAAUAAGAAACUAUUUUCGCAGAAAAACUAUUUUAAUAAUCAGGACAUACUUUGUAAUUGCUUUUAUAAGAAAGAUUAAAAAAUAAUCUAGAAAAGAAUAUUUUUACAUAAAAAUAUUCAUUUAUUACUACUAUUAAUGACAUUAAUUAUGAAGCCUCUGAAGAGUUUCUUGUAAAUAUGUCUGAUAAGGAUGAAGUAUGUAUUUGCACGCUAUUUCUGCCUAUUAUAUUGCAUUAUGAUGCUUAAAGUGAUACAUUUACAGAGGAGUUUCAAGAAAAUUCUUUAUUCUUUCAUUUUAUAAAUUCCUACUAAUCAAUAAGAUGGGUUGGCAUACUUUUAAAUUACACACAAAUAACAUAAAAAUUAUAAGAAAGAAUAACCACUUAUUUAAUAUAAAAGUAUAGAUUUUACCCUAUAUUUAUCGAAAAUUCAGUUCUGGAUUCUUUUUUAAACAAUCUUUGUGCAGGACUUUAUGAUUAAGUUAUGACUAACAGCUUUGAAAUAACAAACUAGAAAUAUUUGGAAUAUAAUAAUGCUGUUUUAGAAUAAUUUAAACUUAUUUGUUUUAGAUUUGCGUAAUAAAUAAGUCUUAUAAUAGAUGAAGAUUCAAAUAUUCUAAUAGCCGAUUAUCGAAUAAUAUUCACUAUUAUAUAUAUUUCAUAAUUUAAAGCUAAAAAGUUGAAUAUUUUAUAUUUUCAUAAUCAUUAAUUUCCUGAUUUAGAAAAAUUACAUCUUCUUCCGUUUGGAGAAAAUAUUAUAAAUGCAAUUUUGUGUACAAAUUUAGUUUCUUUUAUGAAUUUUGAAUCUGCUUACAAUUUUUUACAUUAUGUUUGGAUUAAACUUAAGAUUUCUUAUGAAAGUGUAAGAGGUAAUCUUAGAAUUAUUUAUAUGGGAAACCAGAUUAUUGUUAGUAUUAGAAACCCAGGCAUUAAUACUAAGGUCUGUGCUUAAAUUAUUGAAAAUACAAACUUUUUAGCUUAAAGAAAUAUACUUAAAGAUUCUAUAAUUAAAAAAUAGAAUGUAUUUAUAGGAAUGGACAGUUUUUCAGUUAAUAAUAAAAUUUAACUUAAGCUUAAAAUCUUUGAAAAACUAAUUGAAAAUCAUCCUGAAUUAAAUUUUUAGCUUAUUUAAGUCGUUCUUCCUGAAUAAAAUAAUUAUCAUUCAUUAGAUCCUUAUCAAAACUAAGAGCUAUUGCAAAGUAUAAAUAAUUAAGCAAUAGAAAUAAACUCAAAGUACCCAAAUAGUAUCACAUUAAUAUAUGAAAAUAUGCCUUUGAAAUAGAGAUUAUUGUAUUUAAGUUUAGGAAAUAUAUUUUUAAGAACAAGUGUAUUAUAAGAAAACGAAAUGUACGGUAUGGAAUAUAUAUAUUGUAAUUAAAUAAAUAAAGGCGUGUGCUUAAUGAACACAUAUGGAUCUUAUAUGUAUAAAUAAAUGAAAAGUUGUAUAUUAUUUAAUCCAUAUUCAUAUUAUGAAUUCGAAAAGAAUGUACUUAUGAUAUAAAAUAAAAUGACUUCAGAAUUGAAAAAUCUCAUAACCUAAAAAGACUUUAAUCUAUUUUAAAAUUAUAAUACUAAUUAAUGGAUUGAAAAAAAUAUUGCUGAACUCAAAAAAAAUGCAAAGUUUAUGGCUUUAGCAAAUAUGACAGGAUUUAAUAAAGGAAUUAACUUCAAAAAAGUGGCCCAUUAAUUAAAUUUUAGGCAAUUAAAUAUCAAAGAAUUGUAUGAAUAAUAUAAAAAAACUUAAAAAAGACUGAUUUUGUUAGGAUACGUAGGUACUUUAGUUCCUAUUGAUAAAUAUAUGUAUAUUUAAGCUGAAGAGCAUUAAGUCAGAAGACACCAUAAAUAACCUUCUGAAACUGUUUUGAAUACUUUAAAAAAAUUAUGUGCAGAUUAAAGAAAUAUGGUUUAUAUUAUAACUGAUCUUUCUAUUGAUUUUAUUGAUGAAUGGUUUCAGGAUGUAAAAGGUUUAGGACUUAUUUGUGAAAAUGGUUGUAUGCAUAAGGUUAUUUAAGAAAACGGUAAAGAAUAAACAGAAUGGACAAAACUUAUUUAAUUAGACAUGUCCUGGAAGGAAUAAAUUUAUAGAUUAAUGUAAAGUUAUACCUAGAGAACUUAAGGAUCUUCUAUAGAAUUAAAAGAAUUUUCAGUUACUUGGAAGUUUAAUUAAGUUUGUGUGGAUUUUGGAAUUAAAUAGGCAGAGUAAAUGACUUAAUAAAUUAAACAAUUUACUCAAAAAACUAAAUAUUUAGAAGUUUAUUAAAAUAGUGAAUGUGUUGAAGUUAGACCAGUUAAUAUGAAUAAAGUAAAAAAUAAAUAUUAAUAUUCUACUUUAUUAAUUUAUUUAUAUUAGGGUAUUAUUGUAGAAGUACUCAUACAAAAAAAAUUUAUCGAAUGUUCUAAAAUUGAUUUUAUACUUAUUUUAGGAUCUUCCAUGAGUGAUGAAGAUAUGUUUGUAGCAUGUUAGCUUAUGUUGAAAAAUUAAUAGCAUUAUUUCUAUUAUGAAAAAAUAAGACCAUUUUAUGUUACUAUUGGAGUAAAACCUUCUAAUGCUAAUUAUUUUAUCUUAUAUGAAGAAGUUGAAAAAAUGCUAACUUAAUUAGUUAAUAGAAGUCUUUGA